AUGGCAUCUGCCAACAGAACAGUCACCGAUGCCAUCGAGUCCACUACCAUCUUGCUGAACCUACUCGAGGCCAUUAAGCGUGAUGGCGUCUUUGAUGCGGCCGGUUGCGGCAACGGUAUCGAGGCUUAUGUCAAACACACGGAGACAUUUACUACUGCUAUGAGUGCCCAGGCAGCUGUUCUAGCUCCGAUCGUUCGAGGCACUAUCAAGCACCUGGACGCAGCAAAACAAACUCACUCACACCAUGAAGAAGUUGGCUCUAUCAUUGGUGGCUACGGCACUCUGAAAGACUGGUCAACUAACGCUGCAAAGUGCGAGGAGCACAUUGUGUUGGCUAAGGGGCUUCUAGACAAUAUUACCAAGUCGAUCGCGGACCUCAGAAAGGUACAUGCAGAAACCGAGGCGGAUCAUCUCGCUGUUGAGUUCCACGAUGCCGCACACUCGGCAUUUGAGAAGCUCGGUACCUUCAACUUCCCCGUUGCCCUUGGAGGCGCACGGGUUACCAACACUUCAGACCGCCAUCACAUAAAGGUCACUCAGAUGGGUGAUACUGUCGCUGACAAUACUUCUUUUCAAGAAUUGGGUUUGUCUGAAGUUGGGCUUUCUGGUCCCAAGGAGAUCUAUACCCAACAACCAGACCCAUUCUAUGCCCCACGCUAUCGCGCUUCACCAACCAACUGCGAGGAUGACACUCAUUUGUACAGCAUUCAGGACCUUCCUGCUGAGUUAGAUCUGGCCCAUGGCACUCACGAGCACGAGGAUCUAUUGAACAUUCACGGGAACGGCAAUUUUACUGACCACGUUGCAUCCAUGGAUCACAAUCAGUCCACUCCAGAACAGCACCCUGAUGCCUUGGAAAGAGCUUCUUCCAACUACUGUGGGAGUCCAGGCCCUCGUGAUUAUGCCUGGCCAGCCCAACCUCGGACAACUCGUUACCGAGAUCACCUUCUGAUACCCGCAGAAAGCCUCACCCCUCUUGCUAAGCGUCCGUACGGUCGUGUGCCAUUCGUGUAUUCGCCUCCCGGCCUUCGCAAAUCAAAGAAGGAGAAAACCUGCAAGCACCCAACCACUAAACAGCCUUCUUACUGGAAUGGCGAGUGGUACAACUAUGGAGACGAUUGGGGCCGCAACGGUAGUGCUUUCUCGAAUUACGAUUGCGGCGCUCAAGCCUCCCCCCACCAACCUGAACGUUCCUUCAACCCUUACGAGUCUUACUGCCGUUACACAGUAGAUACAACCAUGAACACUCGAGAUGCCGUUCAUCGACAGGACAACAACGGCAGUGCCCCGGUCACUACUAAGGAGUGGAACAGUGACUGGAUUGCUCCCGGUCUCAGAGACGGAGAGGAAUGGUAG